AUGGACGAGCCGAGCCUCCUGCGGCGCCGCGGGCUCCAGAAGGAACUGAGCCUGCCUCGCCGUGGACGGGGCUGCCGCAGCGGGAACCGCAAGAGCCUCGUGGUGGGAACACCCUCGCCGACCCUCUCCAGGCCCCUGUCGCCGCUGUCCGUCCCCACUGCAGGUAACAGCCCCCUGGACAGUCCCCGGAACUUCUCAGCUGUGUCAGCGGUCAACUUCCCCUUUGCCCGGAGGGCCGAUGGCAGAAGGUGGUCCCUCGCAUCCCUCCCGUCUUCUGGCUAUGGCACCAACACUCCCAGCUCCACCGUCUCGUCGAGCUCAUCCUCCCGGGAGCACCUCCACCAGCUUCCUUUCCAGCCGACGCCAGACGAGCUGCGCUUCCUGUCCAAGCAUUUCCGCAGCUCGGAGAGCGUGGCCGACGAGGAGGGGGGCCACCGCUCACCCCGCCUUCGACCCCGCUCCCGGAGCCUCAGCCCCGGACGCACCACAGGAACCUUCGACAAUGAGAUCGUCAUGAUGAACCAUGUGUACCGGGAGAGGUUCCCAAAGGCCACGGCCCAGAUGGAGAGCCGUCUGCAGGAGUUCCUCACCGCCUUCGCGCCCGGGGCCCAGCUGGCACUGGCCGAUGGCGUCCUGGGCUUCAUCCACCACCAGAUCGUUGAGCUGGCCCGCGACUGCCUGGCCAAGUCCGGAGAGGCCCUCGUCACCUCCCGCUACUUCCUGGAGAUGCAGGAGAAGCUGGAGAGGCUGCUGCAGGAUGCCCACGAGCGCUCGGACAGCGAGGAGGUCGGCUUCAUCGUUCAGCUGGUCCGGAAGCUGCUGAUCAUCAUCUCACGACCAGCCAGGCUGCUGGAGUGCCUCGAGUUUGACCCCGAAGAAUUCUACCACCUGCUGGAGGCCGCCGAGGGCCAGGCUCGCGAGGGCCAGGGCAUCAAGACGGACCUGCCGCAGUACAUCAUCGGGCAGCUGGGCCUGGCCAAGGACCCCCUGGAGGAGAUGGAACCUCUGAGUCACCUUGAUGGCAAAGGACAGCCCCCCGCGCCCGAGUCCCUGGAGAGCCGCGCCCUGGUCGGCCCAUCACGGAGGAAGCCAUGUGAAAGUGACUUCGAGACCAUCAAGCUCAUUAGCAACGGGGCCUAUGGGGCCGUCUACCUGGUGCGGCAUCGGGACACCCGCCAGCGCUUCGCCAUCAAGAAGAUCAACAAGCAGAACCUGAUCCUGCGCAACCAGAUCCAGCAGGUCUUCGUGGAGCGUGACAUCCUCACCUUCGCCGAGAACCCCUUCGUGGUCAGCAUGUUCUGCUCCUUUGAGACCCGGCGCCACCUCUGCAUGGUCAUGGAGUACGUGGAAGGCGGGGACUGUGCCACGCUCCUGAAGAACAUGGGCCCGCUGCCCGUGGACAUGGCCCGCAUGUACUUCGCAGAGACGGUGCUGGCGCUGGAGUACCUGCACAACUACGGCAUCGUGCACAGAGACCUCAAGCCUGACAACCUGCUCAUCACCUCGCUGGGCCACAUCAAGCUGACCGACUUCGGCCUGUCCAAGAUCGGGCUCAUGAGCAUGGCCACCAACCUGUACGAGGGCCACAUUGAGAAGGACACCCGGGAGUUCAUGGACAAGCAGGUGUGCGGGACGCCGGAGUACAUCGCCCCGGAAGUGAUCUUCCGCCAGGGCUACGGCAAGCCGGUGGACUGGUGGGCCAUGGGCGUCGUCCUGUACGAGUUCCUGGUGGGCUGCGUGCCUUUCUUCGGGGACACGCCCGAGGAGCUGUUCGGCCAGGUGGUCAGCGACGAGAUCAUGUGGCCGGAGGGGGAGGAGGCCCUUCCGGCCGACGCCCAGGACCUCAUCACCAGGCUCCUCCGGCAGAGCCCGCUGGACCGUCUGGGCACCGGUGGCACCCAUGAGGUCAAGCAGCACCCCUUCUUCCGGACGCUGGACUGGGCGGGGCUCCUGCGCCACAAGGCCGAGUUCGUGCCCCAGCUGGAGGCCGAGGACGACACCAGCUACUUCGACACACGCUCGGAGCGCUACCGGCACCUGGGCUCUGAGGACGACGAAACCAACGACGAGGAGUCGUCCACGGAGAUCCCCCAGUUCUCGUCCUGCUCUCACCGGUUCAGCAAGGUCUACAGCAGCUCGGAGUUCCUGGCUGUGCAGCCCGCCCUCCCCUUCGCUGAGCGAAGCUUCAGCGAGGACCGGGAGGAAGGGUGGGAACGCAGCGAAGGGGAGUAUGGCCGCCAGCUGAGCACUGAGGUCCGGCUGAGGUCCUGGACAUCCUCAGGUUCCUGCUACUCGUCCUCUUCCCAGCCCGAGCGGGGACCCAGCCCGUGUCUCAUGAGCACCAUCAGCCUGGACACGAUGCCCAAGUUUGCCUUCUCGUCGGAGGACGAGGGAGCCGGCCCCGGCCCCGGGGGCCCCAAGAGACCUGUCUUCGUCCUGGGGGAGCCUGAUCUGCCCCCGGCAGCCACCCCAGUGGUGCCCAAGCCCUCGAGCCUCUCCGCCGACCCCACCGCCCUCAGCCAGACGCGCCUACGGAGCAACUCCACUGGUGCCCGCCACUCCACGCCACGGGCCCUGGACGCCAGCCGGGGCCACCGCCUCAGGGGCCCCAAAGACCUGGCCCCCGAGAAGCCCAGGGCCUCCUCCGGCGGGGGCUGCAUGCCCAAGUCUGCCUCCGUGUCCGCCCUGUCGCUCAUCAUCACGGCCGACGACGGCAGCGGCGGCCCCCUCAUGAGCCCCCUCUCCCCACGCUCGCUGUCCUCGAACCCGUCAUCGCGCGACUCCUCCCCCAGCCGAGACCCAUCCCCCGUGUGCGGCAGCCUGCGCCCCCCCAUUGUCAUCCACUGCUCCGGCAAGAAGUACGGCUUCAGUCUGAAGGCCAUCCGCGUCUACAUGGGCGACAGUGACGUCUACACCGUGCACCACGUGGUCUGGAGCGUGGAGGAGGGGAGCCCUGCCCACGAGGCGGGCCUGCGGGCCGGAGACCUCAUCACCCACGUCAACGGGGAGUCGGUCCUGGGGCUGGUGCACAUGGACGUCGUGGAGCUGCUGCUGAAGAGCAGCAACAAGAUCACCCUUCGGACCACGGCCCUGGAGAACACGUCCAUCCGGGUGGGCCCCGCCCGGAAGAACGUGGCCAAAGGCCGCAUGGCCCGCAGGAGCAAGCGGAGCCGCCGGCGUGAGACCCAGGACCGGCGGAAGUCGCUCUUCAAGAAGAUCUCGAAGCAGUCGUCGGUGCUGCACACCAGCCGCAGCUUCUCGUCCGGCCUCCACCACUCCUUGUCGUCCAGCGAGAGCCUGCCAGGCUCGCCCACCCACAGCCUUUCCCCCAGCCCCACCAUGCCCUGCCGCAGCCCCGCCUCCGACGCCCUGGCAGACACCGCGUCUCCACCCAAUGGCUCUCCGAGCUCCAGCAGCCCUGCCUCCCCAGCCACUGCUGGCCACACCCGGCCCAGCUCCCUCCACGGCCUGGCCGCCAAGCUCGGGCCUCCCCGCCCCAAGGCCGGCCGCCGCAAGUCUACCAGCAGCAUCCCGCCCUCCCCGCUGGCUUGCCCGCCUGUGCCCGCACCUCCGCCCCGCUCGCCCUCACCCCUGCCCGCGCCCGCCCGGUCCCCACGGUUGCGCCGGGGCCAGUCGGCGGAGAAGCUGGGUGCAGGCGAGCGGCUGGAGGGGGAGCUGGGGCGUCGCAACCGCGGGCCAGACUCCGAGCUGGUGGUCAUGCGGAGGCUGCACCUGUCUGAGCGCCGAGACUCUUUCAAGAAGCAGGAGGCCGUGCAGGAGGUGAGCUUUGACGAGCCCCUGGAGGAGGCCGCCAGGCUGCCCGGGGCGAUGCCUCAGAUCGCCGUCGAGGGCGCCGAGGCUGUUCCCGGGGCCCUGGGGCCCACGGAGAAGGACUGA